AUGUCGUUAAUAUGGGAUGGCGAUCUAAGGGAUCCGACCGAGGAAAAAGGGCAGUGUGAAAUCACGAAUGAUAAGAAGUAUUGUUAUGCAUAUCCCGAUAAAGGAAAGGAUUCCUGUGACAGAACGGCAGCAGGAUAUGGAGCAUGGAUGACAACUUUAAUGAAAGGAAGGGACCAAUAUACAGAACUGGUCGAGGGUUAUGAGAAAGGGAUCACAACCACUAAAGGGGGCAAGAACACACUGGAGUGGACUGAUAUACUGGAUGGGGUCCUGACAGAGAGUAUAAGAAGUGCUUAUAAUGAGAAACCGACUGAAAAUGAGGAUGAUGACUACUUAAAACUCCCUACACGGAGGAUGUGGAAGGGUCUGAUGGGUGCCGAUAACAAACUUCCUUGUCAAAACAGUGGUAAUUGCCAGAAGAUGUUAUAUUUUAUAGGUUGUUUACUGUACAUCCUCUUAGAAAAAGAUGCUCGAAUAAUAAGAAUCAAGUCCAACUCAUUCAGAAGAUGUAAGCAAUUAAUGGAGAAAGUUCUAUCCCAUCCCCCACCGAGGAAACUUACAACGGACAGGGGGAUAUACUGGAAAAGAGAGGGCAGAAAUUUAUGUCAGGCGAGUCAGAGUUACAGUGAUUGUAAGUUAGAGUUCCUUAGUUUCCUUUUGGGUAUAAGUACAACCUUAAGACAGUUAUGUCCCAAAUGUGAACAGGUAGAUCUAAGGACUCUCCUAACCAAAUACCUGAAUUGUGGAAAGGACCAAGGGAUAUACUGUCCGCGGAAACCACACGGAGGCAAUAUAAGAUGUACAGUCCAAAAAAACGGCCCAGGCGAGGAGUUGGCGGAAAUUUUCCCACACCAAGAGAAAAUCGUCGAAGAAAAUUCCAGAGAGCCAGCAAGAGAGGCCCAUCUCCAGACGAAGGGGGACGGAGCAAUUGAAGAGAAUGAAGAACUAGCUAUCACAGAGAAGGUAGCGGACCUCCCUGAAGACAGUCAGGCCAAAAAAAGGGAAGAAAUCAAGGAGCCAAAUUCUGAGACCGAGCAGGCGGGCGGAGAUAAUAAAACUGACGUCACCGACGAGCCGGCCAAGCCGGGAACUGAAAAGGGACCAGAUUCCGAAGAGGAGGUAGGGAUCCAGAGAACAGCAACCGGCACCUCACAGGGAACCUUGGAAACCCCCAGCGGAGAGGCCGGGGGCUCAAGCAUAGUUAACGCAAGAACGGCAAGGAUAGUCAAGCAAGAGAAAGGACAUCAACCGGAGAGUGAGGUAGUGCAAGAGGAAAAUAACGCCCGAGUAUCAACAAGAGCACCUGGACCUCUGGGGCCUGAAGGUCCAAGGGUAGGGAAACACAUUUCGAUUUCUAUAGGAUUGCUCCUGAUGGUAUUCUGCGUGGGAUAUGGGGGAUAUAGGAUAUAUAGACGAAAUAUAACAGUCAACAAAAAGAGGUCUAAUCAGAAGAGUAGUUACGUAGUCGGGGGGAAGAAUAUAGGAAACCGGGAAACACCAAACGGGUCAACCGUGGCUCAGGAACAACAACAGGAAGGACAAGGAGAAGACGCCGGAACUAAGUGUCCACUAUCAGAUUUAAGAGGAAAAACUAGAAAUGAGGACAGGAAGAGAUUCAGCCUCAGAAGAGGAGUCUACGGAAGUCCACCACUCUCUCACCUGCCGAAUGCCCCGGAAGAAACCCGACAGAGUAAUAGUAUCCAAACGUUAAGAACAAGAGGAAAAGACGAAGAUGAGGAAUGGGACGGGCGGAUCCAGAAAAACGUUCUGCAAGCCUCAGGAGUGACCAUCACCCAAGUCUAA